GACAGCGAGGGCAUGAUGAUGAUAUGUCCAGUACCAGUGAAGAUGAAGGUUAUCCUGAGGAUAUGGAUCAAGACAAGCAUGAUGAGAGUAGUGAUGAUAGUGACAGCGAUAGGUCAGAUGCAGAGAGUGAAGGCGAGGACUUCCUGCAUCGUGAUAAUGACAAGGAGAGGGAAGGUGGCGAAGAAAAGAAAUCUGGUCAUAGUGUACGGUUUGCAGACAUGCCUGGGAAAUCAAGAAAAAAGAAAAAGAACAUGAAAGAACUGACUCCACUCCAGGCCAUGAUGUUACGAAUGGCAGGUCAGGAAAUUCCUGAAGAAGGGAGAGAAGUGGAGGAAUAUUCAGAAGAGGAGGAGGAGGAGGAAGAGGACUCAGAGUCUGAAGAGACAUCACAGCAACAACAGCAGCAGCAACAACUCACUGAGGAAGCUCUUGCAGAGACUGGGUCAUCUGCUGCAACCUCCCAGACACAACAGCAGCAACCGCCUCCGCAGCCUGUUCCUCCAACUCAGAUACAGGCACCCCCUAUGCCAGGGCCACCUCCGCUAGGACCCCCUCCGGCCCCUCCACUGAGGCCCCCAGGACCACCCACCGGCCUUCCUCCUGGCCCUCCACCAGGAGCUCCUCCAUUCCUGAGACCUCCUGGCUUACCAGGAUUGCGUGGGCCUUUACCUCGACUUCUACCACCGGGCCCUCCACCUGGGCGACCACCUGGCCCUCCCCCAGGUCCCCCACCAGGUCUGCCCCCAGGUCCUCCUCCACGUGGGCCCCCUCCUCGUCUGCCCCCUCCUGCCCCACCAGGUAUCCCUCCUCCUCGCCCAGGCAUGUUACGGCCACCUCUGGUGCCUCCAUUAGGACCUGCCCCACCUGGGCUCUUCCCACCAGCUCCCAUUCCAAAUCCUGGGGUACUGAGUGCCCCACCCAGCUUGAUUCAGCGCCCCAAGGCGGAUGACACCAGUGCGGCCACCAUUGAGAAGAAAGCUACGGCCACUAUCAGUGCCAAGCCACAGAUCACUAACCCGAAGGCAGAGAUCACUCGCUUUGUGCCCACUGCCUUGCGAGUUCGCCGGGAGAAUAAAGGGGCCUCUGCUGCCUCUCAGAGAAAACAGGAUGAUGAGCCUGCUCUCCCAUUAACCAAAGCUGCCCCUAAGGCUGGAUCGUCUGCCCCUAUCUCUGUACAGACAAAGGAUGAUGUGUAUGAAGCCUUCAUGAAAGAAAUGGAAGGUCUCCUGUGACCUGUCAUAGUCCUAGUUAGCUUUCCUGCCCCUCAACACAGAUCAGACCACUGCAGAGGGAGGAGAAGGAGAGGUCCUCCUGCAAGCAAUGAAAGGGCUCACAUGACAGGGAAUAGUUCCCUACCCACAGGUUAACUUGCCGGUAUGCUCUGAAUAGAGACCGCUGGAGAUGAGGUUUGGCUGGGGACCUCCUUUCAGAGCUAGCAUGUCUACUUGGUGGAAGGAAAUUGCAGUCAAGAAGGCGAUGCUGCUUUCCUCGAGUCCUCCCCCUUCCUUGGAGGGAGAUAAUGGUACUCUGGGGAGGGGGGUGUGGGAGUGAGGGGUGGCUAUGCUCUGCCUGAAUCCUUGCACAUCCUGAUGAAUGCUCUGGUGAGGGUAGUGGAACAGGCUUUCAAGGAGCCAGAAAAGUGUUAGCAGCAUUUCAUACACAUGGUUGUCCAGUUUUUAUUUUCUGUACUGUUCUUUUCUGUAAAUAUUUUAUAAUCCCGGUUUUUUUAGUUGCAGUGAGAUUGGUCAAUCAUCAUUCUUCCAGGGUAGUCAGGGAGGUAAUUUGUUGCGUAUACUGUACACUGGAAUUUUGCACCCUGUCCCCUCUAUGGUCAUCUUGAUGGCUUUUCAUCGGCAGGGGAAACUUCAUUUUGUCUUGGGAAAGACAAUAAAUGUUCAGUGUA